AUGCAGUUAAUGCCCCCUGCUCCCAAUGUUGAUCCACUCCUCAAUCCUUGGGCUUUAGAGAAGGUUUAUUUAUAUAAUGCAUUUUCCAAUGAACUGCCUCAAAUCAUUUUCUUGUCUCGCUUUUGUAGUGCUCAUUUAGAAGAAAACCAGACUUUGAAGAUGAAAGUUGUUCAUGCACUGAGUCACAAUUUCCGUAGUGCUACCAAAAUAGUGCGAACUCCCCUUUCGUUACCAAUCAAACCUGGGCAUGUUCUUGUCAAAGUCAUUUAUGCUGGUGUAAAUGCUAGUGAUGAAGCUGAGGUGAAUAUGAUAAUCACGGAUUACUAUAUGCUUGGAAUGACCGGAUAUGAUUUGCUCAAGAAAAUUAAGGAAUCUUCAUCUCUCAAAUCCAUACCAGUUGUGAUCAUGUCAUCUGAGAAUGUUCCUUCAAGAAUAAGCAGGUGA